AUGCUUGUAAUGUUAGAGAAAUUCCUCGCUAUUUGGUGGCCCCUGAAGUGCCAGAUCACAAAACGACGCGCCCGAAUGAUGAUAGUCUUCAUAUGGAUAUUCGCAAUCCUCGUUACCGUACCCUGGGUCUUCUUCUUUGACCUGGUUGUCGUAUUUGAUGAAAGCCCACACGUCCAUCUCUGCUUAGACGUCUGGCCGAAUCCAAUAAGCGAGGUACUGUACUUCGUUAUCGGAAAUUUAAUUUUCUGUUAUAUCCUGCCAAUGGUACUGAUAACGAUGUGCUACAUUCUUAUCUGGAUAAAAGUCUGGCGCCGGUCCAUCCCCACAGACACCCAAGAUGCACAAAUGGAGAGAAUGCAGCAAAAGUCCAAAGUGAAAGUUGUUAAAAUGUUAAUCGCGGUGGUCAUUCUCUUUGUCCUCUCCUGGUUCCCGCUGUACCUUAUCUUCGCCAGAAUAAAAUUAGGUGGGCCCAUUCAGAAGUGGGAAGAAGAGAUGUUGCCAAUCGUGACGCCGCUAGCCCAGUGGCUGGGUUCGUCAAACUCUUGCAUCAAUCCGAUCCUGUACGCUUUCUUCAACAAGAAGUACAGAAAAGGUUUCGUCGCGAUUGUCAAGAGCAGGAAAUGUUGCGGUCGACUACGGUAUUAUGAGACCAUAGCCUUACAGUCGUCGAGUACAUCGACAAGAAAGUCCUGGCAUUACAAUAAUAACCACGCAUCAAUCACUCGUAGAUCACCACCCGUGGACAAGAACGCUGUGUCUUUUAUCUUCAAUCAUACCGGUGUCUAA